GAUUCCACGUAAUAGAACCAAAUAUAUAUACCAUGUCUAAUUCAAGUCUGGAAGAUAUCCCGGUUGAAGUUCAACCAGUUGAAAAUAAGAAGGAAUCGAAAAAAGAAAAGAAAUUAAGAAAACAAGAAAAGAAGAACAAGAAACUGAAAAAGACUGAUGAAGUAGAGCAAUCGGAAGAAGAACAAGAAGAUGAACAAGAAGAUGAUGAACAAGAAGCAAAUGACGAUGAAAUAGAGAUUGAUUUGACUGCUUCUGUUCCUUUAUCCAAGAAACAGCAGCGUCUUUUAAAGAAAGGUAAAUUAGAUUUGGAUAAACUUGCAAAGAAACACCCAAUACCUAAGGCUGCUGAUGCUGAACCAGAAAAGCCCAGCAAAUCUGAAUUUGGGGUAUGGAUAGGUAAUCUUUCGUUCGAUACAUCCAGAGAAGAUAUUAUCCGUUUCAUAGUUGGGAAGACUUCGCAGCUAGAGGACGAGUCGUUACCUAAGGUCGUAGAAGAAGAUAUCACCAGAGUUAAUAUUCCUAAGAAAGAUGGUAAUAAAAUCAAGGGGUUCGCUUAUGUUGAUGUUCCUUCAUUAGCUCAUGUCAACUCAAUAGUUGCAUUAAGUGAAUCCGUACUUAACGGACGUAAAUUAUUAAUCAAGAAUGCCAACUCCUUCGAAGGUAGACCAGCUGCUAGUCCAACAAGUGCCCUUUCCAAGAAUCCACCAAGCAGAAUUUUAUUUGUGGGUAAUUUAUCGUUUGAUACCACCGAAGAUAACUUGCAAGAACACUUUAGACAUUGUGGUGAUAUAGUCAGAAUUAGAAUGGCUACAUUUGAAGAUACUGGCAAGUGUAAGGGUUUUGCCUUUAUUGAUUUCAAAGAUGAAGAAGGACCUACAACUGCCUUGAAAUCCAAAUUAGCAAAGAUGUUAAUCAAUAGAAAAUUAAGAUUAGAAUAUGGUGAAGAUAGAUCAAAGAGGAACCCACAUAUGAGGGCCCGUGCUAAUGAUGAAGUUAUAGAAGGCGAAGUUCCCGAAGAAAAGCAUGUUCCUGUAGAACGUGUUGAACGUCGUCCAAGAACUGAAGAGCCAGCUCCAAGAAAGAGAGUAUUCAAAGAAAGAAGACAACCUGACUCUAACAACAAGAGACAAAAGUCUUCUGUGGCAUUGGCAACUGCUCAAAGAGCUAGUGCUGCUAUUGUUCCUUCUACUGGUAAAAAGAUUACAUUUGAUUGAUUUGUAGUAUAAAGUAUAUUCAAUAAAACAUAUAAAAUUAUAAAAAAUGAGUGAAAUAACG